AGCAGGCAAGUGAGGGAAGGAAGGAACUAGAAGCAGACAAGGUAGGAAAGGGCUCUGAGCAAAGUUUGAGAGGGGCCUACGGCCAUGAGUGAGCUGGGCACUCAGAAGACUGGUGACGGCACUGUUUCUCGCUUGCUCAAUGUGGUGGAAAGUGAGCUUCAGGCAGGGAGGGAAAAAGGCGACCCUACGGAGAAGCAACUUCAGAUCACCCUGGAGGAUGCUCCUCUCUGGCAGAGAUUCAAGGAAGUCACUAAUGAAAUGAUCGUGACCAAGAAUGGCAGACGAAUGUUUCCUGUCCUAAAGAUUAGCGUCAUGGGGCUGGACCCCAAUGCCAUGUACUCCCUUCUGCUGGACUUUGUCCCAACCGAUAGUCACCGCUGGAAGUACGUCAAUGGGGAGUGGGUGCCCGCGGGCAAGCCUGAGGUCUCCAGCCACAGCUGCGUCUACAUCCACCCGGACUCCCCCAACUUUGGGGCCCACUGGAUGAAAGCUCCCAUAUCCUUCAGCAAAGUGAAGCUGACCAACAAACUCAACGGAGGUGGGCAGAUAAUGUUGAAUUCUCUGCAUAAAUAUGAACCCCAGGUUCACAUAGUGCGUGUUGGUGGUGCCCACCGAAUGGUAAUGAACUGCUCCUUCCCUGAAACCCAGUUUAUAGCUGUGACUGCCUAUCAGAAUGAGGAGAUAACAGCUCUCAAAAUCAAGUACAACCCGUUUGCCAAAGCCUUCUUGGAUGCCAAGGAACGAAAUCACCUAAAAGAUGGUCCAGAGGCUGUCUCCGAGAGCCAGCACGUGGCCUAUUCUCACUUGGGAGGCUGGAUCUUUUCCAAUCCAGAUGGAGUGUGCACAGCAGGAAACACCAAUUACCAAUAUGCAGCUCCUCUGCCUCUGCCUGCUCCCCACACCCACCAUGGCUGUGAGCACUAUUCUGGCCUCCGAGGACACCGGCAGGCUCCCUACCCUUCUGCCUACAUGCACAGAAACCAUUCUCCCUCAGUGAAUUUGAUAGAAAGCGCAAGCAAUAAUCUGCAAGUUUUGUCGGGACCUGACAGCUGGACGUCCCUAUCCUCCACACCCCAUGCCAGCAUCCUGUCUGUACCCCACACCAAUGGACCGAUCAAUCCAGGGCCUGGCCCCUAUCCGUGUCUGUGGACCAUCAGCAACGGUGGCGGGGGCCCCGCCGGACCAGGCCCAGAGGUGCAUGCCAGCACCCCAGGAGCAUUUCUCCUUGGGAACCCAGCUGUGACUUCACCCCCCUCUGUGCUCUGCACCCAAGCCCCUGCUUCGGCUGGUGUGGAGGUUCUGGGGGAGCCAUCGCUGACCAGCAUUGCUGUGUCCACCUGGACAGCGGUGGCCUCGCAUCCCUUCUCGGGCUGGGGUGGUCCAGGUGGGGGUGGGCACCAUUCUCCUUCCUCACUGGAGAGUUAGGCAGGGUCUGAGGCUCCUCCACCAGCAGAGAACCUUCUGUGUGUAGAGUGCUUAGAAACCCCAUCUACUGAUUCCAGUGAGUCAGACUGCAGGGUCUCCCUCCCAGGGGCUAGAGGGCAGGGUGUGUCAAGCAGAAGUCCUGCUGGGAGAUGGUGUCUCUUGGAUGAUGCUAAUUACGUCCCUGGCAUCUCUCCAGCAUCCUCUUUUGCACUCCUAUUUCCUCUGCAGCUUAUCCUUGCCAUGCUUAGGUGAUAGUUCAUUGAGUACCUUCCUUGUGCCCUACCCCUACUCGGAAAUGGUUCUGGAAAGCUUCGCUCCCUCUUCUAUGGAGGUGGUGCAAAUCUGUUACGUGAGCUCAAAGGUUACCUAGCUAAGGCCAUUGCUUCUAGCUUUGUACAGUCUUGGAAAGUAGGUGUGGCCACAGGGCCCAGGUUGGCUUUUGCUUUGAGACCAAGAAAGGGUGUGAGUCCAUAGAGUAAGAUUAACACAAAUGAUAAAGCUAACUAUGUAUUACUCACAGCAGUGUCCUUGGAAUUGAGCAAACGAGAUCAUGUCACUCCCUUGCUCUGAAACCUUCAAUGGCUCACCAUUGCCUACAGAAUAAAACCAAACUCUUUACCAUAAGGAAAUCCAUCUGGCCU